AUGAUGAUGAUGUCCCUGAACAGCAAGCAGGCGUUCAGCAUGCCGCACAGCGGCAGCCUGCACGUGGAGCCCAAGUACUCGGCACUGCACAGCGCCUCGCCCGGCUCCUCCGCGCCCGCGGCGCCCUCCGCUAGCUCCCCCAGCAGCUCGAGCAAUGCUGGCGGCGGUGGUGGCAGUGGCGGGGGCGGUGGAGGCCGUAGCAGCAGCUCCAGUAGCAGUGGCAGCAGCGGCAGCGGCGGCGGGGGCUCCGAGGCGAUGCGGAGAGCGUGUCUUCCAACCCCACCGAGCAAUAUAUUCGGCGGGCUGGAUGAGAGUCUGCUGGCCCGAGCCGAGGCUCUGGCGGCGGUGGACAUCGUCUCCCAGAGUAAGAGCCACCACCACCACCCGCCCCACCACAGCCCCUUCAAGCCGGACGCCACCUACCACACCAUGAACACCAUCCCGUGCACGUCGGCUGCCUCUUCUUCGUCGGUGCCCAUCUCGCACCCGUCCGCGCUGGCGGGCACGCACCACCAUCACCACCAUCACCACCACCACCACCAUCAGCCGCAUCAGGCGCUUGAGGGCGAGCUGCUGGAGCACCUGAGUCCCGGGCUGGCCCUGGGUGCCAUGGCGGGCCCCGACGGCGCCGUAGUGUCCACGCCAACUCACGCGCCGCACAUGGCUACCAUGAACCCCAUGCACCAAGCAGCGCUCAGCAUGGCCCACGCCCAUGGGCUGCCUUCACACAUGGGCUGCAUGAGCGACGUGGACGCCGACCCCCGGGACCUGGAGGCAUUCGCCGAGCGCUUCAAGCAGCGACGCAUCAAGCUGGGGGUGACCCAGGCCGAUGUGGGCUCCGCGCUGGCCAACCUCAAGAUCCCUGGCGUGGGCUCUCUUAGCCAGAGCACCAUCUGCAGGUUCGAGUCCCUGACGUUGUCGCACAACAAUAUGAUCGCGCUGAAACCCAUCCUGCAAGCGUGGCUCGAGGAGGCCGAGAAGUCCCACCGCGAGAAGCUCACCAAGCCCGAGCUCUUCAACGGCGCGGAGAAGAAGCGCAAGCGCACCUCUAUCGCCGCGCCAGAGAAGCGUUCGCUUGAAGCCUACUUCGCCAUCCAGCCGCGGCCCUCCUCCGAGAAGAUCGCCGCCAUCGCGGAGAAGCUGGACCUUAAGAAAAACGUGGUGCGCGUCUGGUUCUGCAACCAGAGGCAGAAACAGAAAAGAAUGAAAUAUUCUGCGGGUAUUUAG